ACAGCCUGGUUUCAUUUGGCAAGCUGUGACGUGCCCUUGAUAAUAUGACAACAUGCUUUUAAUAGCAGGGAGGGAUUAUUUACUUAAUUGGGUGCCGAAGGGGUUGAGACAGAAAUUUGCACCAAGCCCUGCUAGGUAGCUACUACUGUACUGGCGUCCUAGCAGACUAUAUCAGGAAUCACUGAAUCAUACUGCUUCAGUCGAAAGGAAGCCACUGAGAAAGCAUCGCAGCUGUGAGACAGAGAGAGAAAGCAAGUGGAACACUGGUCUUCAUUUAAGAAGGCUGCUGGAGACUGUGGUGAAAUUUUAAUUCGCUGAUGGGUUCCACUGGAAGGAACUGCCGACAGCACACAAUGACGACAACAAGCCUGUCAGUGUCCGGGGAGCUGGCACUAGAGCCCCUGGUCAGUUGCAAACUGUGCCUAUGUGAGUGGCCUGCUUACAGGAUGAGCACCCUCCAAGCAUGCAACUGUGUCUUCUGUACCUCGUGCCUAAAGCAGUAUAUGCAACUUGCGAUCAGAGAAGGAUGUGGUACGCCCAUCGCCUGCCCUGACAUGGCCUGUCUAAAGAAUGGGACUUUCAUCGAUUCUGAGAUUGCUGGUUUUGUCCCUUCAGAUCAGUUUCAGUUGUAUCAGCGAUUAAAAUUUGAGAGAGAAGUGCAUCUGAAUCCAUAUAAAACCUGGUGUCCUGUUGCAGAAUGCCAGGCUGUGUGCAACGUUGAAUCAAAUGGUGUUGGACAUCUAGUGCAAGUCAAGUGUCCCACUUGCGAAACUGUGUUUUGUUCUGUCUGUAAGGCAGACUGGCAUCCGGGACAUUCUUGUUCAGAAAGCCAAUCUCUCAAUCUACCAGAUUCUUUUGAUAAUGGUGUUUCUGUCAGCAAUGACACAGAAGCUCCAAUCAAGCAGUGCCCUGUGUGCAGUAUCUAUAUUGAACGAAAUGAAGGCUGCGCUCAAAUGAUGUGCAAGAACUGCAAACACACAUUCUGCUGGUACUGUCUUCAAAAUCUAAAUAACGACAUAUUCUUGAGACAUUAUGACAAAGGGCCAUGCAGAAAUAAACUGGGACACUCUCGGGCUUCUGUGAUGUGGAAUCGGACUCAGGUUGUGGGUAUCCUGGUUGGUGUGGGUAUACUUGCACUGGUGACCUCACCACUCUUACUGUUGGCAUCGCCGUGCAUUAUCUGCUGCGUCUGCAAGUCCUGUCGGGGAAAGAAGAAGAUGAAACAGCAAGACCAGCCAACUACAUGAAAAAAAAAGAGGGAAAAUGUUUAUAACCUAUUGGUGCCAAGCUUGCCAAUACAGGUCUCCACCAUUCAGAUCUUGGUGGAACAAGUGCCUAAUAUUUGUGUGCCUGCAUUCUGGUGGAAGGUUUUUCAGAAUUUUGUUUGAAUGCCGUAGCGGUCAUCCUGACUUUAUGAAGAUACUGAAUAAUGACAGUUAUAGUAGCGAAAGAAUAAAACAAAAGGAAUAUGUUUUAUAAAUUCUGUGAACUUUGAGGGCAAACCCCCCCUAAAAAACAAACACAUUUUCUCUUCAAGAAUCCACACUUUUUAAAAUUGCAUAAGGUGUAUGGCAUUCAAGAUUUAAACCAGUUACUGGGUCUUUUUAUCAGCAGCACAGUUUGCACCCCCAGAGAAAAUAUUAUAAUAUCUAUUCAUUUUUUAUAAUUAAAAUAGAAGAAUGGGCAGCAUAAACUAUUACCAGUAUUUUUGUCAUAAGCUGGGUUAUUCAGUUAUUUGCAAUUUCCAUAGGGAUUGAGAAAGCAUACUCCAGGUUCAAGAUGUCUAUACAGUAGGCUAUAUAUACAGUAUGGGUCGACAAAGCAUUGCUAAGUUUGCACCAGUUUUUUUUUUUUUUUGGAAGAGCUCAUAUAGUACAUGCAUUCAACAUAUGGUAGGUUUAAAGCUUUUGAUUCAAGGCAGUUUUCAACUACUACAAAUCACCUUUGUGUGGACACGUGAUACAACCAUGUCAUUGCGUAGCACCUGUGUUGUAAAACACUAUUUUUACUGUCACAUUCAUAACUAUGGUAAAUGUUGCUGAAUUUGUCAUUCAAGGUUGUUUUAAAAAAAAAAAAAAAACUAUUUUGUCUGCUUGUUUCUUUUUUUGCAGCUAACACAGACCAUUUUAAACAUCUUGUUUCCAGCAGACGUUUAUUACAUUUUUAAAGAUUGUUUCAGUAGCGAGUCGAGUUACAAUGUACAUUUUUAAAGAGUUGACUCAACAGCUAGGCUAAAUAUUAAAAUGUUUCAGCCUUGGUUUCUGGGUGAUGUUCUUGAUAAAGUAGCAAAGAUAACACAUGUUAUCCAAUUUACAUCAGUAGAAUAUAAUGUAAAUAGAAAAUGUGUGUGUGUGUUUUUUUUUUUAAAUAAAAUGUCAGUUUCAUGAAUUAUUAUUAUUUUUUUUUUUAUUGUCAUUUGUGAAUUGCUUUUAAAAUAAAAAUACAAAAAUACUGUGCAUUUUCCAGGCCCCUAUAUGACUGCUGCCAUAAUGCUCUUUCCUUUCUGCUGCUUUCUUACUUUUUCUUUGCGCCCAAAUAAGACCAAUUUGAAAUCGGUUUUAUUUGUGGACCCUUUUAGGGCCGGUGCUGCUGUUCUGCCGCUUCAUAAAUCUCAUUUCGUGACAGCCCACCCUUUCUAUAACAGUGUGUUGAGUAGAGUUUGAAGAGCAGCUGAUUAACACAUUAAGCGCCAAAGGAGUUAGAUGUGCCCGUAAUCAGACCGGUGAAAUUUCACGCCAGCUAUGAAGCUCAACACAUAGAACAUUGAGUUUUAUCAUCACUGUGGGCAGGAAAAUACCAAGACAUGUAUCAUUUUUACACUUCAGGUUUAUAUUUUAUAUUGAGGCAUCAUAAAAGCAUCUGAAGGGCUAUAUUUGCAGAAUGAACAGUUACAUUUAGACUUCAGUUUUGCACUUAAUAAAAUUAGAGUAAGUUAUCAUAACAAUAUAGUUAAAGAGAAAAUUAAAUUAACAGGUAGAUGCCAGUUAAAAAUGCUCCAAAAAAGUGCAAAGUAGCCUGUCCUUAAAUGAGGACAAUGGCACUUAAUGGGGUAAAAGUGCAUACAAACUGGGUGGGAUAUUUGUUCUUCAUUUUAUGCUCAAGAGUCGGUUCCUGCAAUAGUGACUACCAUGUUGAAUGUCAUAAAAAUGCACAAGGCACAAAACAUUCUGCAUUUUUCACAUGUUUGUAGUUUUUGAAGGAUAAUGGACAGACAGUAUACAGAACAUAUUGUUGCCUAUAUCAAGAAUAUUUCAAAAAGAGAAGCUCAAACUUUGUGGAAUAAACUCCAAAGCUGUUGUGUUUGAAAUCAUGUCUUAUCUUGAGUUCUAUGUUUUCAAAACAAUGAGUGAAAUACUGUAUAUAAUAAAACCAGGUAGAACCAAAGAAUCAGAAUAAUUAAGAAAGUAAAUAAAUACAUUCAUAUUUUCUAGACACAUUACACCCUCUAGUGACCAAACAAAGAAAACAAUCCAUAAAUAAAUACAGAGCUAUUUAACAUGCAUUAAAAAUGGGGUGGGGAUCAAGGGUAAAAGAGUAUUGAGAUUAAAUAUGAGAGAGUCCUGCGGCACUGCCCGAAGGCAACUUCUUGUGCAUUCUGGCUCUCUUGUAAGGUAAUUAAGAUGCUAUGACAUGCACUAGCUACCAAAUUUGAGCCCCAUUAUUUGCAUGUAUUGUGUUGUCUUACCUUGCCUUGACAAUUUGUGAUACGUGUUUUCAACAUUUAUAAAUUUUAUCUGAAAGUACAAAUUUCAAAACUUUUAAGAACGUGUUUGUUAACAUUUAUGUAUGUUGCUAAAUCUGAACCUUUUGUGGUUAAAUCUAGAAAACAAAACGUGAUUUACAUUAAAUCCAGAGAAUAAACAGCUGUUAAAAUAUAAAGUUAAAUUCUAACGUUUUCAAAAUGUAUGCUAAGGAGGCGCCCUAUGAAAAGUUUGCGCACCACUGCCCUAAAGGCCUGGACACACCAGCUCGUCGCGUCGCUUCCCCUAGCGUCACUUUUAGAUAUAAUGGAUUUCUAUGUACCCUCACACACUAGGGUGUUGCAUCGCGUCACGUCUAGGAGCGGAAUGUCCAGAUUUCUCUCCAAGCAAAUUUUGCCGCUAUUGCUAUUAGAAAAUGGCUGUGUUAAAAAAAGGAAAGUUUUUAAAUGAUUUUAUGCAUCAAUAGUUUUUGUUGCUAAUGGAUACAAACGUUUUCCUCAAUAUUCCAUGAGUAAUGUGGCUUGCUCAGAAAUCCAUAUAUAUGGUCUGGUAGCCUUUGGGCUUUAAAACCCUGGCGGUGGACCAGUUGCAUCCUGGGUAUUUCCAAUAGCCUAAAUAAUAACUCAGUACUAACAAAAAAAAUCUUCUACUUACAUGGAGCUGUUCAUCAGUUCAGGUACCUCAUACACAAAAGCGAACAUGGUUUGUGAACUGUUUGUGAAACAUGUAAAAGAUGUAUUUGUAUACUUUUAAGUUACCGUUAGGUGCUAAAAAUUAUUAGCGAAAGGGAAAAGAAAAAUUUUUAGUUAUUAAAAAUAUCUAGUAGCCUACAUGUGUUAAUGCUGAUCAUGCUGUUUGUUCAGUAACUUGUUCAUAGUAUGUUCACAAAGUUUAUUCAAAGCCUCAUGUCUCCUGUGCCUGUGUUGUUGUUAUGAUAUGCUGAAAUAAAGUUGUUGAAAGUAA